AUGAUCAUUUACAGGGACAUCAUCAGCGGCGAUGAGCUCGCGUCCGAUACCUCCAAAGUCAUCGACGUUGGUAAUGGCUUGUGGGAAAUUGACGGCAAGAUGAUCACAAAGGGCUCCGAGAAUUUCGUUCUUGAGGGUGCCAACCCGUCUGCCGAGGGUGAAGACGCCGAGGAGGGCACGGAUGACACCAAGGUCACGGUGCUUGAUCUUGCGGACCAGUUUCGUUACCAGAAGUUGGAAGGUGGGAUGAGCAAGAAAGCAUAUCAGUCCGAACUCAAGAAAUACAUGAAGGCCCUGACGGAGAAAUUGAAGGAGAAGGGCACGCCCGAAGAAGACAUCAAGAAAUUCCAGUCCGAAGCACCUGCUGCAGCCAAAAAGAUCUUGGGGAACUGGGAAAACUACGACAUUUACCAGGGCGAGUCAAUGACCGAGAACGGAAUGUACGUCCUCGUCGACUUCCGUGAGGACGGUAUGACGCCAUAUGCAACCGUGUGGAAAUGGGGUCUGGAAGAAUACAAGGUGUAA